AUGGAACCCGAGAUGGGAGCUUGGUCUACCCUCGAGUAUGCCAUCAUCUCCCGCGAGUCUGCCGCGUCCGGUAGUGACUUCUACCUCACCUCUGUUCCAGCAUCACUUGUUUCGAACCUCCCAGAGGCGCUGAAGCCGUACGUGGGUGCGCCGCUGAAGGUGACGGAGGAGGAGGUUACCAAGGUGUCAAGCGGCGAGAGAGACAGGGUGUGUUUGUUGGAUCCGCGCGCGGAGAAGGAGUUGUCGCCGGGAGAUGCUGAGGUUUUUGAUUGGUUUGUCUUCGGAGGAAUUUUGGGUCGGUAG